GUUUGGGCACCCGGCAGUAUCACAGCCUUCACACAUAUCGGAUGAGAUUUGUGUGGCGCAUAUGUAUUUGGUGCCUCUUUGUACCAAUAUCUGUGUUGAAAUAAAUAAACUUAUGUACAUCGGUUCAUUUCGCCGUAAACCAUUAGUACACCGAGGUGAAGUGGUCAGGUCGAAUCCCAGAAUAGUAGAGGUAGUAACAGUAUCAAUGGUAAUUGGAAACAUUCGGUAUCGAAGAAACAACUCGAAAAUAUAACUUAGUGAAAUAAAAAGAAAUAAGGUUCUGAGGAAUUUAGAAUCUUACAAUUUAGGUGGACGGAAAAUGGAUCCACUUGCGCCAUUGCAAGCGACUUUGAGCCAUGUCAUUUAAAGUUUCUAUCCAUUAGUUGCGAUAAUUACGCGGACCCCAGCAAGGUUGUUUGUGCCUACUAACGUAUCGAAAUCCAACUGUCAGUGGCUUCGUAGACUGAUGCCUUGGUUUGGCCACUCCUAGUUGAGCUCCAACUAAAUAUCAGGUUACAAUGCAAGUUAAGACUAUUGAAAUAAUACCAUUACAAUAUUCUACAGUGGUUACUACUAGAAGAUUUCUGUCUUUACCACCCCAAGCAUGUAAUUUUUAACUGUUACGUUACACUCCCAAGACCAACUUCAUUUGGAAGCCAGUGACCAACAAUUGGUUCAUACGCCACUUGUUCCCGCAGGAUACUGGAGCCAUACCAGGGCAUUUGGGGGUAUUAAUGUUUAACUUCAGUCAAAUCACGAUUCUGCCCAACCCUUAUUCAUUACCUGCGGUUAUUAAAUAUCUUACACCCGGCACGGUUAAACUUCACUGUUCACCUCUCCGCACUAGAACUCCUCGAUUUGCAUUCCGAAGCUGGCUGGUUGUUCCAGAGGUUGAUCGUUCACACACAAGACCACAGGUCCUGGGCUGGGAUCCCAGAUACGUGGUUGUAGAUGCGAACUGCUUAGGAGUCCCAUGUCACGACGAAAUGGCUGUUCAUUGCUUUCAAUAGCUCAGUAGUAGUCUGGUUAUAACCAGUUCAUGAUUUAAACUGGAAAUUUUAUAAUUUUCACAAAUGGCCUAAACGCAAUUUUGUCAAGUCCACUUACUUUUGCGUUAUGUUAUUGUGAGUCAGUUAAAGAGGGAACCUAAACAUCAUAUGGAUAUUUUACAAGAUGUCUCUGUCGGAAAUCAGGCAAUGCAUACGUAGUUGGAGUGGUUAUUUAACCCCGUCCUUAAGGUUUUCUAUUUCCUAGACGACUAGCUACGCUAUUCUGUUUAAAAUACUUAACAUGUACUAUUAUCUUUUCUUAUAAGCAUUAGACGAGUUUUUUUCCGCAGUAAAUGGGGUAACUGAAACUUAUGAAUACUGUAGGAACGCGACUCCUUCAGAUCCUUCACUAUGGCAGCAUUCAAAAAAUAUCCCGAGCACAUCAUAUCGUGAUUCUGUUUUCGGGAGUAGUUCUCAAUUCUCACCAACGUCAUUUCUUGAUGUGCAAGAUUUUUCGGGACCUAACGAAUCCAUCAUAACACAGACCGACUUGGAACGCAUACGUAAAAAGCAAGAAAGAAUGGUGAAAAAUAGACAAGCAGCAUGUCUAAGCCGGUUACGUAAGAAGGAGUACCUAGAAAGGUUAGAAAUGAAGUUCGAGCAGCUAAAACGUGAAAACCUUUUACUUUGGCGCCAGAAUGAAGAGUGGCGUGCACGAUGUUUCCGUUUGGAACGUUGUAUUGAAGAUUUACAGUCACGGCUUCCAAGCUCUAUACAUUCAGAAAACCUAAUUGUUAAAUCUCAGUCGUUUGACGUAAGUUCAGACGAGACGACAAAUAUUUCUUCACACCUUGACAAACAAAUUACUCCUCGAGAGGCUUGUUGCAAAACAGUUUCUGUGCACACAUUAGCACCACUCAAUGAAGUCACUGUUGGUUUCAAAUCAGAUACUCCACUUAGUCGUCUUCCAAGGUUGUCUGAUCUUGGAAAAAGCAAGACAGUUUCAAUUCAGCAUUUAAAAAAUUGCCAAAACGUAGCUCCCACUCAAAAAACGACCUACUUUACGAGUGUAAAUUCCCCAAGAACGUUCAAAUGGGAUAGUUCUUCAAAGAAAUUGUUACUUACAAGUAAAGUUGAUGUUGAAUCGCAUUCACAGUCUCUAUCACAUCAGUCUCAACUCAAAUCAAUUACUAAAACCUUGAUUUCUCCUCAGCGAAUCGUUCCUACCGUCAGUCAUCGAUCUAAAGUAAUUGCUACCACAAGUUUAUUGGUUAUGUGCGGUCUGUUAGCCGUGAAUAUAGUUCCUUUAUCAGAUUUAUAUUCUGGAUUAGGAUUCGUAUCUUCACAUAGCAUGUCUUAUGAUGGUGGCUCCCUUGCUGCUGGAAAAUUUGCUUUUGGUUAUCCCGGGCUAUGGUCAUCUGUGCCACAUUUUCCAACUGGGCGACGGCUUUUAUUAAAUAUUCCACCUACACAAGAAGAUGUUUUAACAAAUGAUAAUUCACUGCAGAACGCCUCAAAUAAUGAAUUUCUAUUUUCUGGAAAAUUUCCAACUAACCAUUCUACUAACAACUGUGGUCCUAAUAAAAACAUGAGUUGCGCAGAGAAUUCCUUACUUACGGAUUCCAGACAAAUUUUUCAAGGUUGGAUUAAAAGGCAUGCUGUAUCUACCAGUAAUCAGUCCCGUGUAUACAGGUUACUACUCACUUCAUCUCUUCAUAGUCUAAACGCGUUUGAACACCGACAACAUAUAGUCAGUUCAUCAAAACUUUCACAACAAAAUGUAUUACAUACUCAAAAACCUGCUUUCUUACCUACGAAACAUUUAAAUAAUUCAUCUUCCAAAUCGAUUUCGCCGUCAAGAAAUGAGUCAUUAGAACGCUUUUCGGCUAGGAAAAUUAACGGUUCUAUUCUGAAUGUUACAACUGAAUCAUUACCGCCCAACUUUCCUCCACCUCAUCGUCCUCCAAUAUUGAAAAAAUAUGAUUUGCAGCCUUACAUUCAUCCUGCUGUUCACGCGUUUGAAAAAUUAUUUAAUAUAGUUAAUCGUCGCAAUGAUACAGCAUACAUUGUUUUUUUAAACCGGGAUCAUUUCCUCCUGCCUUCAGUUGAUCCAUUACCUGCAAAUAUGAAACAGAAAAUAACGUUCCUACUUCCAGCUCAUUCUGUGAUCAACGGAUCGUCUGUUGAUGGUGAAGAUAAUUAUUACAAUAGUUCAGAUUCCAUUUUAACUGUGCUACAAUUAGAUUGUGAAAUAACGAAUGCUACAUUAUUACAAUCACCUGUAUAUAAUUCUCAUGAAAAACGCUCACCUAAUAACCAUUAAUCAAUUAUUUAUUUAACUCCUUUUUUGAAUCCAUCUUUUUCAGCUUUCAUUUAUAUUCGUAAUGAUUAUUUUGUAUAUUUUUUCCUUCAGUGUUUUCAUUGUAAACUAUUCAACGUGUUCAUUGUUAAUAUUUCAUAUCUCAUUUCACUGAAUAAAGAAGUUGGUUGUUUUUUUCUUUCUUUUCGUUUUACCAUAACGUUACUUACAUUUCAAUGAUCCUAAUUUAUGUUAUUAUAGUCCGUGUCCAUUUAUUUAUGAUCAAUUAUAUUGUUCUGUUUUACUUCUUGUAUUAUUGUUUCUUUCCUCCUCCUUGUCAUGAUCAAUUUUCUGUGUUGUUUCUUUUUUUUUAAUGUUUAUUUAUAAUAAAAACCAUUUUCCUUUAAGAACACAACCAUAAUAAUAAGCACUCAAUUCAUCUUCAAUUUAUUCAUACUGUUUAACAUAUUUUUCUUUGUAAUUUUUAACUAAUGUAUGUUAGUUAAUUGAGUGCAAUGAAAAAAAUUGAGAAAAUAAAAUUUUGCUAAUAUUAUUUAUUUUCUAAGUUAAUAUGUAGUAUGUAAACACUAAACUAUUGUGUCAUUUUAAAUGAUAAAUGAUUAUUUCGUAUCGU